UCUGUCAGAGCGACUCAGCAGCUGAGACAUGAGCGGACGAGUCGGAGACCUGAGCCCCAAACAGGCUGAAAGCUUAGCUGAGUUUCGGGGGAGGAUCCAGGACAUCCUCCCCGACCUGCCUGCACAGCACGACCACUACCUCCUCCGCUGGCUCAGAGCUCGUAGCUUCAAUGUUCAGAAAGCCGAGGCCAUGAUCAGGAAGCAUGUGGAGUUCAGGAAACAGAUGAGAGUGGACACCAUCAUAUCUGACUGGAGACCUCUGAGGUGAUCGAGAAGUACGUGUCUGGAGGGAUGUGCGGCUACGACAGGGAGGGAAGUCCCAUCUGGUACGAUGUGAUUGGUCCCCUGGAUCCCAAAGGUCUGUUGCUGUCGGCAACCAAGCAGGACUUCCUGAAGACCAAGAUCAGACACACAGAGAUGCUGCGGCAGGAGUGUCAGAGGCAGACCGAGAAGCUGGGGAAGAACAUUGAAGCCAUCACUCUGAUCUAUGACUGUGAAGGACUGGGACUCAAACACAUCUGGAAACCGGCCAUUGAGGCGUACGGAGAGAUCCUCACCAUGUUUGAGGAGAACUAUCCAGAGGGGCUGAAGAGGGUGUUUCUGAUCAAAGCUCCCAGGAUGUUUCCUAUGGCCUACAACCUGAUCAAACACUUCCUGUGUGAGGAGACACGGCGCAAGAUCAUCGUCUUAGGAAGUAACUGGCAGCAAGUGUUACGCACACACAUCGACCCAGAGCAGCUUCCUGUGGUGUACGGAGGAACCCUGACUGAUCCUGACGGAGACCCUCGCUGCAGAACCAUGAUCAAGUACGGCGGCACGGUGCCAAGGUCGUACUAUGUUCAGGACUCGGUGAAGGUUCAGUACGACAACAGCGUGACCAUCAGCCGCGGCUCCGUCUUCCAGCUGGACAGUGAUGUCACUGCAGCAGGCAGCCUCCUGAGGUGGCAGUUUGCCAGCGAUGGAGCUGACAUCGGGUUCGGCGUGUACCGACGGACCAAAGAAGGCGGCGGUCAGGAAGUGGCCGACAUGCUGCAGGUUCUGCCGAGCCAACGCUACAACGCUCACCUGGUCCCUGAGGACAGCUGCCUCACCUGCCCCGAGCCCGGAGUGUACGUGCUGUGUUUCGACAACAGCUACAGCAUCCUCCAGUCCAAGAGGGUGAGCUACAAGGUCGAGGUCCUCCCUCCUGCAGACGGACAGACGCAGAGUCAACGCAGCCGAGGAGACGUGAGGCUGCAGUGAUGAAGACCUCACAUGGAAACACUGACCCCUGACCCCUGACCCCUGACUCCUGUUACCUGUUAUCACUGACGGUCAUAUCAACGCAUCAAGGCUGGAAUAAAAUGAGCAGUGAACUACUAACCCCUCAUUUCUCCCUCCCUGUGCAUUGUGUAUGUAUUAGUUUGUAAUUAUUGAUAAGUGAUUAAAAAGCAAUGUCCCGCCCCCAGCAUCACUGAUGGACUCUCAGUGCAUUUCCAUCCACUUAAGUAAUCAGAUUACUCAGAGAAACUAAGCUGCAUGGGUAAUCGGUGUAGCGACCUGGUUACUACCUGGUAAAGAUGGCCGACAUUUACAACCCGACUUACUUAGAGUUGGACCGGCAUUUCAGCCCAGAAACACUUCAGCGUGACUGGUGUGUUUUAUAGCAGCUAAACCACUGAGAAGGACACACACACACACACACACACACACACACACACACACACACA